UCCCAACCCAUCCCAACCCAUCUCAUCCAAUUCCCCUGUCGUUCUUCCUCAAUCGUCACCAUGAAGUCCUCCUUCACCCUCACAAGCGUGGCUGCCUCCGUGGCCCUGGUCAGCCUCGCCACUGCCACCUGCGACCCUAGCACCCUCAACACAACAAGCUACUACUACCCCAUCGCCGAAGCCAAUACGACCGUCUUCGAUGUUGCCCGCAUCACAAAGCGUGGCGUCUGCGACAUCGGUCGUCAAAACCUCAUGGCCGACGUGACCAUCCCGCCUAACGUUGGCGAGACCUUCAUCAUCCCCGGCGAAGUAUGCGACCCCGACAACACCUCCUGCCUGCUAUCCGGCAACACAACAAAUACUUGCAUUGUCGGCGGGCCGCGCCUGUACUACACCGUCAACGGGGAUACAUACGAGAAAAUUGCGCUGCGGCUCAAUAUCACUGUCGACGCGCUGAUGGGCGAUAUGGGGAAGGGGAUGAAGGCGACAGAUGAGUUGCCUGUUGGGAAAUUCAUCAAGGUGCCGCUGUGUGAGGAUACCACAUGUGUGAUCAAGCCGUAUAGCUUUAGCUGGGGCGUGUAUAAGGAUUUGGCAGAGGAAUUUGGGACCACAGUGGGUCAGAUUAUGAUGCUGAGCGCGACUUACAACUAUAGUAGUUUGGCCUUUACUCCUGGGGGGACGUUUCCGCCGAUUAAUAUUCUGAUGAACUGCACGCAGCCGGGGAAGAAUGUUACUGUAUUGGACUAAUUGACGCUUGGAGAUAGAAUUUGUAUUUAAUUCGGUUCGUUCGUUGACAAGUGGAG